GCGGCGGCGGCGGCUGCGCACAGCCCCGGGUGCACCAUGGCCGAGCUGCUGCGGAGCCUGCAGGAUUCUCAGCUCGUUGCCCGCUUCCAGCGUCGCUGCGGGCUUUUCCCGGCGCCGGAUGAAGGCCCCGGCGAGAACGCCUUGGGCCCCGCGGAGGGCUCGGCGCGGAUGCUGGGGCUCGAGCAUCUCGCAGCCAACCACAAGGGCACCGGGGGGCCGGCCAAUGGGCUACGGAGAGUCGCGGCCCCACAGGCUUAUGUACAGAAGUACGUUGUGAAGAAUUAUUUCUACUAUUACCUGUUCAGGUUUUCAGCCGCUAUGGGUCAAGAAGUGUUCUACAUCACGUUUCUUCCGUUCACUCACUGGAAUAUUGAUACUUAUUUAUCCAAAAGACUGGUCAUCGUAUGGGUUUUGGUGAUGUAUAUUGGCCAGGUGGCCAAGGAUAUCUUGAAGUGGCCCCGCCCCCUCUCCCCUCCUGUUGUGAAACUGGAGAAGAGAGUGAUCAUGGAAUAUGGGAUGCCGUCCACCCACGCCAUGGCGGCCACCACCAUCUCCUUCACGCUCCUCAUCUCUAGCAUGGACAGAUACCAGUAUCCAUUUGUUUUGGGGUUGAUGUUGGCUGUGCUGUUCUCCACCUUGGUGUGUCUUAGCAGACUUUACACUGGGAUGCACACAGUCCUGGAUGUGCUGGGUGGCGUCCUGAUGACCGCAGUCCUCAUUGUCCUCACCUACCCUGCCUGGACCCUAAUCGACUGCCUGGACUUGGCCAGCCCCCUCUUCCCUGUAUGCGCCAUAGUGGUGCCCUUCUUCUUGAGUUACAAUUACCCCAUGUCUGAGUGCUACAGCCCCACCAGAGCAGACACCACCACCAUCCUGGCCUCCGGGGCUGGGAUGAUCAUAGGAUUCUGGAUCAAUCACUUUUUCCAGCUGGUGUCCGAGCCCGCGGAAUCACUCCCUGUUGUUCAGAAUAUCCCACCGCUCACCGUGGACAUUUUAGUUUUGAGUCUGGCCAGAUUCGUUGUGGGAAUCACGUUGACCCUCCUGGUUCGUCAGCUGGCGCGAACUCUCUCACUACAAGUGUUAUACUCCUGGUUCAAGGUGGUCACCAGGAACAAGGAGGCCCGGCAGAGACUGGAGAUCGAAGUGCCUUACAAGUUCGUCACCUACACGUCGGUUGGCAUCUGUGCGACAACCUUCGUGCCAAUGCUACACAGGUUUCUGGGGUUACUCUGAGCCUCAGAUGGUUGGACAUUAGCUCAUUGGACAUGAGCACAAGACAUCAAAAUUUGUUGGGUGAGAAAAUCUUGAUAACGUGUUUUUCUUUAAAAAAGAAUCCUUAAGUCACAUGUCGCUUUGCUGCUGUCUCAGAUAAGUGUUGCUGUCUAGAAGGAAAAACUGUCUUGUAGGGACCACUAGUCUGUAAGGGUCAUGCUGCAGGAGAAGCCAGACUAAACCCACAGUCCUGUUGUUUAAGGUCCCCUGCCCUGUCUGUUACAUGGACUCUGGACCAGUCCUGGGCUGGCAGGAAUCGUGGCCUGGCUUAGGCAUGGCCACAAGCUCCCCUGGGUUCUGGAGAGUCAAAAAAGAUGGGCGUGGUCCUGGAGGCUGGAUGUCAGGUGUUCCUUUUCAGCUGUGACCUUGCCUGGCACUGAGUCUCAUUUCCAAAACUGGAAUGUUGGUGUGAGAGAAAGAGUGGCGUCACGUAAAACUGUGUUCCUUGAACAGGGUGGCUUUCUGGUCGCAAUGAUCGCAUUAGACUGUGUCUGCUUGGGUGGAAAGAGAACUGUGAACCUUGCUGUGAGGCGUGAAGGGCGGGGACAAAGCUGCGAGGUCACAGGCGAGAAGCUGCUUUCCUUUGAGUCCUGGUCUCUGUCGGCUGCAUAUUGAACAGGGAUCCACUUCUCCUUGUUUGUUCGGGGUGCCAGGUACCAUUUCUAGCCUCUCUGAUCCAUGAACCCAACUGGCUGCUGCCACCCCACUUCACCUGGGGUCCUCUGAUUGUCCUGCUGUCUCCUGGGCCACAGUGACUUGGGACAAGCCCUCUGCCCAUCUUCAGCUUUUUUGUUUCCUCACAAACUGUCAUCUGCCUAUGAAAGUGGAUCAAUGAAACAGGUGAACAGAAUCCUUCCUGGGGCCUGACGAAGAGGAACAAGGCCUCCCUCCCGAAAACUGUUCCUCCAUUUAUUUCUCAGUUUCUUCUUGUAAACCUGUUUUCUCAUCUGCUGAAUGGAAUCAGGGGCUCCCUUUUCACCUUCCCACCUCUUAUCUCUUAGCAAUUUCAAGGGUAAUUAAUGCAGGAACAACUGUCAGCCUCUUUGGGGAAAACAAGGCAGCCAAAUACAACGCCUUUUAAAACUCAGGCAAGCGACCGUAUCCUCGCAUUCUCGUUAGACUUGGAAAGUGAUCAUGAUGCGAACACCUCCCUCCAGGGGCUCCUCUUAGUUCUUAAGAAGGACGAGGAACAAGUAUCAACAAUGUUCUUAAAAGUGAGUGCCAAUGUGUAGUUAACAAAGUGUCUUUUGUGGUUCAGUGCCUGAGAGCUGAAGCCCAUGAUUUACAAUACGACCCUUAUGCAUCCUUACCACGCACGCACUUGGGGGGAAGUUAGCCUGCCUUGAAAGAUAGGUGCUUGCUUCUGCAUCCGUGUGAAAACCGAGCAUCCCAUUCGUUCCGAUUUCAAACAUGCACCCUGGCCUUUUGGUUGAGAUGGUCUUUGGUGUUUGACUUAAUUCUCCUGUUUCUAGGGAAGAAUAUUUGUUAAUAAAACAUCCUGUUUUUCUUUCAAAUUCUUCUGAAGUUUGUCAUAAUUAGAAGGCAGGAAUCCAAAUGACCUUUUUUACAUCAUAACUUUGACCAGUAUUUGUGGAACCGGGGUGGGGGCUGUGGAGAGAGCCCCAGCUCACAGGCACACUGCCCUAGGCUGCCCCCCAAUGCAGUGCUACAACAGGGUACUUUUUGGGGUACUGUCCCCAUUGGCCAAACCCAAGAUCACAGUGCUGGAUAAUAUUUACACAAAAUGAUUUCAGUGGAGAAAGGAUCAGCUUUUUUCAUUUGUAUCCUUUAAGAAGAAGGGUCAUAGUCAUUGUUGCAGCAGUGGGGGGUGGUGGUGGUGGUGGUGGUGGUGGUGGUGGUGUGUGUGUGUGUGUGUGUGUCUGUAAAAAGUUUUACUGCCGUCCCUUUUGUCUUAAGCCCCAGCAGUAGGACUACAGUCAGCUGGAUUGAUGUAUUUAAGGCUGUAUUUACACAGUUUGGAUUGAGGAUGAGUAUAUUGGCCAUAGCUUAUUAAAAAGAAAAAGACCCAUGCAUCCAUCACUUUUUAAAGUCUCUCAUUAGAGCAACUGAAGAAUAAAAUAUAUAUGUUGGUGAGGCCAGGCUUAGUUUUAGAGCACGACUGCUUUGUGGACUAGAAUUAGGCAAACAGUGAUUGAAAAAUUGUUACCUGAUUCAAAUUCCUGCUUUGCCCACAGGGGUUCGCUCUGUUAAAACUUCACACUCUCUCAGGCGCGCGCGCGCGCACACACACACACACACACACACACACACACACGUAUGCAUGCACGCACACCACACUUGCCCCUUCCAAGAGUACGCCUUCCAUCUCUAAGAUCUUUGGAUUUUCUCUCUGGGGAAAGACUGCCCCCUGCUGGUUUAGCCUCAGCCUUGGUCCAGAGCCUCUCCCUGGGGCAGGAGUCUUGGAGAUGAAGACUUUAAAAAUCAAGCUCACCAUGGUGUAUCCAACACAAGCUUAGGAGCUGCGUUCUGCCUCACCCUGCAUUUGGAAACUGACAUCAAAGCCCUCAGGGCCCUUGGCCCCUCCAGGUAGAACGCAUGCCUUUUCCUGGCUGUCCUCACCCUGCCCCCAGCCCACUACCACUCUGGACCAGGGCAUCCAUCCUGUAACCGUCAUUCUGAACAGAUCUCAGUUCAGGCCAGUGUUGCUCAGACCUGCACCAUAACAGAACAUGCAGAAGGAAAAAAAAAGCCAUGAACUAAAAACCCUAAAUUGCUGAAAUCACUCCAUGACAUGCCUGCCGGUCGCACUGUAACAUGGGAUUUUCUUGCCCAAAUAGGCGACUCAUGCUUCCCAAGAGUAACCAAAGCAUGUGGUGUUUCGGGGCCAUAUGCUCGGGGUUGCUAUUUUGAAAACUUUCAGCUGUCUUGCUUAUAGACUGUAUGUAAAUGUAUUCUUUUUAAAAUAAAAUCAUUUUUGUUUCUGACUUAUUAAAUGCUUUAAAAGCCA